GUCAUUUGGGCCGUGGUGUGAUUUUCAGUUCGCAUCUUGACCGAGUCCCGAGUUUCAGCCGACCGUACCAUGCAGCUGUGCGCCGUAGUUUCCCUACUUGUGGUGGGACUGAUUGCCAGUGCCACUGCCAUUGACGAUCGCAACUGGCACCUGGUUCCAGAUGGCAACGGUAGGCUGCAUCUCGUCAACACCAACCCAUACGAUCUGCCGGAAACGGACGCCGGCACCGCCGCACCACGGUUCGUGCCCCAGCAGGACAUGAUUUUCCGUCUGUUCACGCGGGCCAAUCCGACGCAACCGCAGAUUCUGCAGCUCAACAAUGCCGCCUCCAUUACCGGCUCGAACUUCAAUCCGGCCCACCCGACGCGCUUCACCAUUCACGGCUGGAACAACGACGGAUCGCACUUCAUGAACCCGCUGAUCCGGGAUGCGUUCUUCCAGCGGGGCGACUUUAACGUGAUCACCGUCGACUGGGGCGUGGGUGCGAUCAAUCCGAACUACAUCGCGUCCCGCAGCUUGGUCGGACCGGUGGGCAACACCGUCUCGCUGCUGAUCGAUCAGCUGAUCGCGACUGCCGGCGCCAACCCGGACAACAUCUACAUCAUCGGCUACAGUCUGGGUGCGCACGCGGCCGCUAACGCCGGCAAGGCACAGAACGGGCGCAUCAACACGAUCAUUGCGCUGGAUCCGGCCGGGCCGCUGUUUGCGUUCGGACAGGCCGAUGCCGUGUCGCCGGCGGAUGGCCGGUACGUGGAAACCAUCAUGACGAAUGCCGGCCUGAACGGUAUCAAUACGCCGCUCGGCCAGGCCAACUUCUACCCGAACGGUGGCCGCACGCAGCCGGGCUGCGGUACGGACAUCGGGGGCAGCUGUGCUCACGAUCGUGCGCCAACGUUCUACGCCGAAUCGGUUCGCGCCGGCACGCCGUUCCGUGCGAUGCGCUGCGCCGACCAUGGACAGAUACUGUCGGGCAGCUGUACCUCGUCCGGACCGGACGCUAACAUGGGCGGCCAGCCGUCCAACUUUGGGCGCGGUGUGCAGGGCGUUUACUAUCUGCAGACGAACGCUGCGUCACCGUUUGCACGGGGAUAAAGUGGUGGGGAUGGUGAAUGCGAAAGGACGCUAACUACACGGCUUUGCUGAUAAAUACACGUUACAAGCUGCCCAUAUUGGGCGGGAGAUUUGCUUUAA